GUUUCGUAGAUUGUCCUUGUAGAUAGAGACAACAAACGACUUGAUUGUCCGCGCCAACUACCAACAAGAACGUGAAAAGAAAGAACCGCGACGUCGCGCGCACGCGUGGACGCGCAUUGGUACUAAAUCCGCUAGAUUACCAAACCCAACCCCGGGAGGAUGAAUGUUUUAGCUAAUGCAGAACUAUGUGCUACGUGUAAUAUAACCGGACUUGGUGUUAAAAGUUUUUAAUAUUUUUACUGCUCAGAACUACUUGGAAGAAAAAUCGCUUUACUCUUUUUCCACUUUGGUUGAAGAAGGAAACCCACGGGGCCACUGGUCGCUCAGAGUAGGUACAAGCCCUUGGUACUCCUUAGCAUUACAUGAAUGGUAUCGUUCGAGUAGAUUUCUGAUGUCGCGACGAGUCCAGGAGACUCAACACCAUUUGGAUGACCCAAGUGACCCACGAUGGACAAAAGAGCACAGAAUUCUCUGGACUGGUCAGUCGAGAAUCAGAGGCUAAGCUAGGUUUUGGAUUGUUAUCAAAAGCUACGGUGGUCAUCAGACUUUACAAUACUUGUCUGCUUUAUAUAUGGUGCCACAAUAGAAAGAGAUUCAACUUUUGAUUUGAUCGGCAUUUCCCAUGCUUCAGUAUGUCAUUCUUUAAUUUACGUAAAAUAUUUAAAUUGGGAACUGAGAAGAAGAAGAAACAAUACGAGAAUGUCCGACGAGAUGAGAAUCCGGAGGAAAUAUGGACCAUUAUCGGUGAAUUGGGAGAUGGAGCCUUUGGAAAAGUGUUCAAGGCUCAGAACAAACAGACGGGUGUCCUCGCUGCUGCGAAAGUUAUUGACACAAAGACUGAAGAAGAGUUGGAGGACUACAUGGUAGAGAUUGACAUCUUGGCCUCAUGUGAUCACCAAAAUAUUGUCAAGCUGCUUGAUGCUUUCUAUUUUGAGGGCAAACUCUGGAUUCUCAUCGAGUUCUGUGCGGGAGGUGCUGUAGAUGCUGUUAUGUUAGAACUAGAGCGAGCCUUGACAGAGCCACAAAUUAAGGUGGUGUGCCGACAGACUCUACAGGCCCUUGUCUACCUCCAUGAUAUAAAAAUCAUCCACAGAGACCUUAAGGCUGGCAACAUCCUGCUCACUCUAGAUGGUGAUGUUAAAUUGGCUGACUUUGGUGUUUCUGCUCGAAACACCAAAACACUGCAGAGGAGAGACUCUUUCAUUGGGACGCCAUAUUGGAUGGCCCCUGAAGUAGUCAUGUGUGAGACAUCUAAGGACCGUCCAUACGACUACAAAGCUGAUAUCUGGUCACUCGGCGUUACCCUGAUAGAGCUGGCGCAAAUUGAGCCACCCAAUCACGAGAUGAACCCCAUGAGAGUCCUUCUGAAAAUUGCCAAGUCGGACCCUCCUACUCUGAUGCAGCCAUCACGUUGGUCUCCAGAAUUCAAUGAUUUCCUAAAGCGUUGUCUGGACAAAAAUGUGGACAACAGGUGGAGUGCCGCACAACUUUUGCAGCAUUCAUUUGUUUCCAGUGUGACAGGCAGCAAGCCUCUGAGAGAGAUAAUAGCUGAAGCCAAGGCUGAGGUGACUGAGGAGAUUGAAGAGCACAAAGAGGAAGAGGAAGAAGAAGAAAUUGAACCAAAUAUGGGCCAUAAACGUGCUCCCUCCAAUGUGAGUGUUGCCAGUUCUGAGGAUGAAAAGAUUCCACUUUCUCCCACCAUCUUGGAAUCUGUUCCUGAGAAGGGUGAACCACGACUGGCCGUCACAACACCCAUUGAGAUCCCUGUCGCAAACCACGUAUUGGUCACUAGCUUUGUGGAAGAGUCCACUACCCCUGCAGCCACAGAGCAUGCAGAAAAGAUGGAAGUAGAACCUGCCAAGGCCUUGUUGAUCCCGCCUGCAAAGGAAAUGGAGCAGCUUGAGAUGCCUUCUGAAAACAAGAAAGAAGUUGACGCCGCUGAGGUUCCAGUCAAUCCAGAAGCUACUGCAGAGAUACCAAAAGGUGAUACUUCUCCAGAGAAAAGAAUAAUUACUGUGGAGGAAUCACUCACACAAGCAGAAGAGGACUCAAACAGACAAGUUAAGGUGGCUUUGCCAAGUCGGGAUGAAGCUCUCUCAAAAGAGAAAGAUGAAGCGAAGCCUAUCGUAAAGAAGCAUGCAGAAGAUGAGAAGAUUCUUCCAGACAAAGCUCAAGAUGACAAUUCCGACUCUGGUAGGAGCUCAACUGCAGAUAAUAGCAGUGUAGACCUGAAUCUGUCCAUCUCAAGCUUCUUGUCCAAAACAAAAGAGCCCGGAUCAGUUUCCAUUCAGGAGACAAAGCGUCAGAAGAAGACAUUGAAAAAGACACGCAAAUUCAUUGUGGACGGGGUGGAAGUCAGUGUGACUACAUCAAAGAUCAUUACCGACAAUGACACAAAGAAUGAAGAAAUGAGAUUCCUGAGACGCCAGGAACUGAGGGAGUUGCGUCUUCUGCAGAAGGAAGAGCAGAGGGCUCAGCAGCAGCUCAGCAAUAAGCUGCACCAGCAGAAAGAGCAGAUUUACCGCCGCUUUGAGCAAGAGACUACAAGUAAGAAGCGUCAGUAUGACCAGGAGGUAGAGAAUCUAGAGCGGCAGCAAAAGCAGACCAUCGAAAGGUUGGAACAAGAGCACACCAAUCGACUGAGGGAUGAAGCCAAACGCAUCAAAUCUGAGCAGGACAAAGAAUUGUCCAAGUAUCAGAACGUGCUGAAAAACCGGAAAAAAGAGGAGCAGGAGUUCCUUCAGAAGCAGCAGCAGGAUCUUGACAGCGCUCUGAAGAAAAUUAUCCAGCACCACAAACAUGAGCUGGCCACCAUCGAGAGAGACUGCCUCAACCACAAGCAGCAGCUUCUUAGAGCAAGGGAGGCUGCCAUGUGGGAGCUGGAAGAGCGUCAUCUGCAGGAGAAACACCAACUGUUCAAGCAGCAGCUGAAAGACCAAUACUUCAUGCAACGACAUCAGCUGCUGAAAAGACACGAAAAGGAGAUGGAGCAAAUGCAGCGCUACAACCAGCGACUGAUCGAAGAGAUGAAGAACAAGCAGACUCAGGAAAGAGCCAGACUGCCAAAGAUUCAACGCAGUGAGGCCAAAACCCGCAUGGCCAUGUUCAAGAAAAGUCUUCGCAUCACCGGAGCUGUUGUCACACCGGAGCAAGAGAGAGAGAAGGUCAAACAGUUUGCAGUUCAAGAAGAAAAGAGACAAAAGAACGAGCGACUCCACCAGCAUCAGAAACAUGAAAACCAGAUGCGAGAUUUACAGCUGCAAUGUGACGCCAACAUUCGAGAGCUGCAACAGUUGCAAAACGAGAAGUGCCAUCUGCUGAUUGAACAUGAGACGCAGAAGCUGAAGGAGCUGGAUGAGGAGCAUAGCGUGGAGCUGAAAGAAUGGCGAGAGAAGCUACGACCCAGAAAGAAGGCCCUGGAAGAAGAGUUUGCCAGGAAGUUGCAGGAGCAGGAAAUGUUUUUUAAGAUGAGCGGAGAGUCCGAGUGCCUUAACCCCUCCGCACAGAGUCGCAUUUCCAAGUUCUAUCCAAUCCCCAGCGUCCAGUCCACUGGUUUCUAGGCCAACCCCUGCUGUCCUCUCAGCAGUUGGACUGAUGUGGCUGAGCCUGUGCCUUCCUCUCCUACUUGGACCACCAGCAAAGGAUGUACGAGGUUUACCCCUCUUUGAACACCUCUGUUUCCUGCAGCUAUUUAUAUCGCAUUUCUUGUAACGUUAAUUGGAAACAUUUUAGAUGAUCAUAAGAUUUUUGGUUAUCGUAAAUCCAUGAUGAAUACAGUCAAUCCUCGUAUGCAUCUCUGAUUUAGAAUCUUACUGUAGGUUGAGAUGCAGUUGGGUUUAAGUACAGUAGUUCUACUAAUUCAGCGCUUUGCGCUUUUCUCCCCGCCGCCCACCGAAUGCCUUUCUGUCUCAAGAUGGGAGAAUCAAGCUGUAAAUGUCAGGUGGCAUUUUUCUGUUAUGCAUAACAGUGGAGAAGGUGUAAGAAGACAUUAUUAUAGCCAGAAUCGCACAUUAAAACAAGAUGACAGUUCUAUUGAGAACGUCAUGUGUGGAAUCCAAUAAAUGAUAGCACCACUGUGUUUUAGUAAUAAACCAGCAUUUUAUUCUCCACUAAAACAGUUAGAAUUUUCCCAUUAUCCAGUUAUGGGUAAAAGUGAACAGUAUUCAGGGACAAUGACGAGAUCCAUCCUUUUAUUAUCGUGUACAUGCUAAUCAACAAGAGCAUUCAGUUAUGAGCUUAAUUAUUGUUUGUCAUUUCUUAAUCAGCUUCACCAAAAAAACAUUUCUUUAGCAGGUGUCACGAGUCUGAUUUGCUUAAAUAGCCAUAAUGCUUUUGAAAGGUUAAUUUGAGCUACAAUGCAUCAGAUUUUUUUUUGUAAUAAAUUCAUCCUCACUGCAUAAAUUGUCUGGAUUAAAAGAAGCAAAAGAUGAGCUCUUUGCAUGUUUGUUUGUGUUUUUGGUUUGCGAGGAUGUUCACAUCUAAUGAA